UCCCUUCCUCUCCUCGACAAACGAUCCCACCGACCUGCAACUGCAAGCCGCCCUCCCGCCCCCAUCACCCGAACCGCUUACCCGAGCCGGCCAAGCUAAACCCUAGUGACUAGUGGGGAACCGAUCACCGGGGCACCACCGACCCGGCGGCGAUGUCGGAGGAGGCGAAGUACGUGGAGAUGGCGCGAGCCGACCGCUCCUUGUGGCUCAUGAAGUGCCCCACCGUUGUCUCCCGCGCCUGGCAGGAGGCCGCGGCGGCGGCGGCGCAAGGCCCAGACGCCGGAGGUGCCAACCCUAACCCUAACCCAGUUGUCGCCAAUGUCAUCCUCUCCCUCGAUCCCCUCCGCGACGACGACGCGCCUAGCCAGAUCAAGAUGGAGAUGGCACAAGGGUGCAGCAGCAAUACACCAAAGAGUUACUCUCUGAAUAUGCACAGUGAUUUUGCGCCAAUGUGCAUUUUUUCCGAGUCUAACCAAGGGAAACUUGCUUGUGAAGGGAAAGUUGAAAACAAAUUUGACAUGAAGCCACACAGGGAAAAUCUUAUGGACUAUGGGAAGUUAUGCCGUGAGAGGACGAAUAUGUCCAUGGUUAAACCAAGAAAAACAGAGUUAUUUCUAGAUGACAAUGGACGAGGAAUGAGACCUAUGCCUGGCGAGCGCCUGGUACAUCCUGGCCAAAAGGAGAAGAAGAAGCCACCAGUAACAAAAAUUGACAUGAAAAGAACUAGGAUGGAUCGUGGGGAACUGGAAAAAAAACUAUUCAAGCUUUUUGAGGGGCAGCCGAAUUGGUCAAUAAAGCAGCUAAUGCAGGAAACUAACCAGCCUGAGCAGUUCCUGAAGGAGAUACUGAACACGCUCCGUGUCUACAACAAGCGAGGGCCAAAUCAAGGAACCCAUGAGCUCAAACCUGAAUACAAGAAGUAUACAGGGGACGACCCCACUAAUUGACGCUUGUGUAUCGGUUGCAACUUAGGUCUUUCCCUGAUGUGUUGAAUAGUAUGACUUAAGGAUUCUGUAAUGGGAGCUCUCAGCUGUUAGUUGCUGCGUGCAAGUAAAUCUCCAAUGUCUCAUUGGUCGUCACUUACAUUAGUUUGUACGCAUGGUCUUAAAUCUUUUAUGGCUCCGGCAACCGUUCGUACAAAUAACCGGAGUGCGGCAAACUUGUAGUUUUCACAUUUUUCAAUGUAUAGUAAAGAGGAUCGAUAAUAUGACGAUCUUCGUGAUUAGAGGAAUAAACUCAUUGUUCCAAACUUAGGUUUGACAUAUGUGUAAGUGUUUGACUGAACUCAUGUCUAUAAUUAUAAACAUAACUCUUAUUUCUUUGCUUUU